AUAUGAUACAUGGUAUCUAAAAGAAGAAUUAAGAGAAAUAAUUCAUAAUGUGAUUAACAAGGUGAAAAAUCUUAACCAACAAAAUUUUGAAAAGUAUUUGAAAAUUGUUGAUAUUCCUUUGAAAGUUAGUGAUUAUUAUUAUUUUAUCAGAUUUAUAUUUCCAAAUGAUGAUUGCGCAGUAAAAUAUCCUAUAGUCAAAUUAAGUGAAUAUCCAUAG